UGAAAAGGCCCUUAGAUUCUUAGAAUAGUUUUGGUUGAGUAGAAAAACCCCGCAACUCCUGAUAAUUCACUACUCUGAAAUUUGGCCGCCUGUGGCAAGCCAAGCAUGUUCACCUCAUUAACAUUCAUCUUUAUUUACACUGACGUCAUAAACAACAAGACACCAGAUUACAACCAAUCAAACGCGCUGUAGUGAACAGAUAUGCAAUUCGUUUGGGGCCGUCGCAAAUACUCAACAGUUGUCGUUUCAGAAUAUAGCAAAUCUUCCCAAACGUUAGUAAGUUAAAGUGUGUCAGAUAGGCAAAGCUUAAUAUCGACAAUGAAUAAGGUUUGCCUGCUCGCUGUGGCCUUUUGUGCUAUUGUAGCGUACACACGAGCGAGAGAAUGUUAUUACUUAAUAAACAGAAUGAAAUGUAAGUACAACUGCUGUGGGGAAGAAGGCUCGAUAAGAUGUAUGGAUAGCUGUGAUAACGUGGAUUGCAGUUCGGACGAAGACUGUGGAGAUUCGGGUUGUUGUUCGAAUGGCAAGUGUAACGACCCAAAAUCAGAUUGCGAUUCAUCGCAGACACCGACUAUACCUUGCUCUGAUGAAAUAUGUCCAUCCGACUGCUGUAUUGCUGAAUUAGGCAUAUGCCAGACAACAGGUCUUGGAUGUUUGCCUCAGAACUCAAACUGUUCGUUAAAAGAAGCUUGCGCCAGUCGCUGUUGCUACGAAGGGAAGUGCCGAGACCCUGAGGCUGAGGUGUGUCACGACGAUGAACAACCGAUAAUUUUUGGUCAUGAGGACUUCUCUGGUUCGCGUUCAGAUUCAACAGUACAUAUCGGCUGGAAGACCCCCGUUAUAGUGAUCGCUGUAAUCAUAGUUGUUGGUUUAAAAAUCGCACUCUUGGUGGCAUGGGUUAUGCGACGUUCACGUACUCGUGUAGUGGUAGUUCGCACGGUUCUGGCGCCAACUUCUACAGUUCAAGUGGGCCAUCGCCAUGCUUCUGAUGACACAGUGCCAAUCCUGUCGCAGGAAAUGUCGCAGGAUACAUGAAGUACAGAUUACUGCCUAUGCUAUGUAAGAAUAACUGCGUACGUACAUCAUCGGGUUUUUAUGAAUUAUGAAUUUAUAUCGUUCAUUAUAAGGUAUUUUCCCAUGUAAAGACAAAUGACUCAUGAGUAUCUAUAAUAUGAAUAAAAUUUGUUCACGAGAAGUGUUUUUGUAUUGCAAUUUUGCGAUAAUUUUAAUCAAUCUUUGACAUAUAAAUACAAUGGAUUUACAACGUAAAAUAUAUAAAUACAUGUAUAUAUAUUAUGCAUCAGUCAAUUCUAGCAUUGCCCAUCCCCCCGGGCAACCCCCGGGCAUUUGCAAUUUUUUUUUCUUUAAGUUGACAAUUCCGGGGGGUCGGGCAGGAAAAGCGUGGCAAUCCCCCCUCCCGGGCCAAAAAAAGAUGACAAAUGCCCGGCCCCAGGGCACACCGACUCGUUUAUAGAAAUAUUUUAGACCUCAAAACUUCCAUAACAGUAUAUUAGCUUCCUUGUAAAAAAGCUACAGCAGUUAAAAAACGUGCUCGUCGGUUCAGUGGUUAAUAUACAAUAACGUAACAAAAUAAACAAGGAUUGUACUAUGA